AACUUGCAUCUAAUGAACAACUUACCUCAAACAACAAUGUUCAAGCUAAAAAACAAGAAUUGGAUGAGGUUUUUGACUUUAAUAAACCAAAGCUAUUAUUUCUUAUAGGAGACCUCAAGAACUUACCUACAGAAAUUUACUUAGAUUAUCUUACCCUUAAAGCUAUAUUAUCAGCUCAUACAACUGCAAAAAAUAGAAAAGAUAUGUUUGGAGAUAAGCUCAAGGAUCUGGUUAAAGAGGAAAAUAAACAUGACUAUUCUUCUUCUGAAGAAGAAGAUAAACCAGAUAAAACAAAAAUGCAAGGCAAUAACAAAGAAGCAUCUGAUUUAUGUUAG